AUGCCCUGGCUGUCCCCUUUGCAUUCGCCGGCUGAAUCGCCGCGCAUCCAAAACCUCACGACCCCCAUAUCGUCGUCUCCGAUAACUUACAUCCCGCCGCUGAUCGACGGCGCCAGCGGCACCGUCCCUCGUGCGCAGAAGCAGUCCUUGUCGCAAAGCCUUCGCAGCGACGCCUUUUCUCUGGCCAAGCUGCUGCCCGAGCUCGCGCUUUCUGCAUGGGAGGGCCUGUUCACCCACGACGGUGCCGGCAUCUCUGAGGAGGAUGCAGCCUCCCGGUGGGGCGAGCUUGCCGACCUGGUUCUGCAGCUGGCCCUGUCGGCCGUUGAGCUCAACGUGAUUUUCUUUGCCACGCCGAUGUGGCUGUUCCUCCCUGGCAUCUUCUUCGCUGGUUGGCUGCUUCCAAUGCUCGGCGUGGUCUGGGGGAUCGCGCGGCUGCUCAACGCCGGAGAGUCCGUCUACUGCCAGCCGCGGCCUGCACAGCCCGAGUCGGCGGGUAGGGCCCCCAGGAGCAGCAUCUGGUCCACUCACAACGGCGAGGGAGAGGACGAACGUUGGGUUUUUGUCGCUGGGAUGAGUCUCAGCCCACGCGCGACAAAAACCACCACCCUCCCCCUCCUCGCCCGCCUCUUCAACCGGCCCAUCACCGCCCUCCUGCCCAGAACCUACGGGCUCCCGCUGGACCUCGUCCUCCUCCCACUCACCCGAGCCAUCCCGGCCCUGUCGCCCGACACGAUCCUCUACAACACCAUCCGCUCGGCGCUGCAGGACAACAAGGCCAACAAGGUCGUCGUCCUGGCCCACAACACAGGCGCCAUCCAGACCUCGCGCGUCCUCUCCCGCCUCUGCGCCGACCUGCCCCCGGACAAGCUCUCCAAGCUGGAGGUGUACACCUUUGGCGCCGCCGCCGCAGAGUUCGUCCUCCCGCUGGGCGACGGCAGGGGCGCCGCCGAGGCCUCGGGCGCCGCCUUCCCGGCCCUCCUGAGCCCCGGAACACCACCACCACCACCACCACCAGCAGUAGUAGGACCCCACGCCACCGCCGCGGCCUCCGAGGCGGCCGUCGCGCGCCGCCCCGGCCCGCACAUUGAGCACUUUGCGCACGCGCGAGACCCUUUUGCCCGCAUCGGCGUCCUGCGCAGCGUGAGGGAGGAUCUGGACGGCCGCUUCUGCGGCGGCGUCUUUGUCGUCAAUGGGCCGGGCCUCGUGUUGAGUGCUGGAAACCGUGCUGGUGGUGGUGGUGGUGGUGGUGGUGGCGGCGGUGGGCGGGCCUGGGGUCCUCAGCGUCACCAGGCCGGCACCGCCAGGCCGCCAUCGCCUCUGUACCUGCCCGCGCUCGGGGUGAGCAGCAGCAGCAGCAGCAGCAGUGGCGCGGCCGCAUACGACGGGGAAGUUGUCGACACGACAGCGCCGGCGGCAGCAUCACCAAAACGAGGCCGGAUGAGGAGCAUAUUGACAAGAAUUACACCGUCGGCCCCCCCGCUGGUCGGCCGCCUCGCGUCACUGAUGCCCUCGGCCCCGCCCGUCGUCGGCCUGCACGGCUACCUCGCGACGCUGUUCCCGGAGCAGGUGGCGACGCUGGCCAACUGCGACCGCGCGAGCGUGCUGGACAGCAUCAUGACCAUCGAGCGCGACGUGGCUGAGAAGCGCGAGUUCGCGGCCAUCGCGUCGCACGCCUCGUCCACCAGCCUGGCGGCCGUGCAGUCUUUUGCGGCCGGCGGGAGCGCCAAGACCAGCGCGAGGGACAAGCGCGUCAGCUGGACUGGGCUGGGCGCCACCGUCAACGGCGUCACUGGAGUGGGAAGCGGAGGGAGCGGCGGCGGUGGCAAUGCCAAUAGCAACAAUAACAACAACAACAACAACAACAACACCAACAGCACUCACCUGGACGGCAUCAUCGGGCUCGAGAUUGCCCGCCAGGGGUGUAGGGAUUGCCAGGGUCACCGCGGCAGGGAGGUGAGCCGGCUGGUGCGCUUCGUCGACGUCGGCGUCGGCAUGAGCGGCGCCGUCGCUGCAGCUGCGGGUGGCGGAGGCGGUGUUGGCGCGAUCGGUCCGACUGGUCCUGGGUUGGGUGUCGCGGUGAAGCAUGUGUCCAAGGGGACGUCCAUGUGA